AUGAAACUGGGGAAGACGGGGCUGACGGAGCUGACGGUGCAGACCCUUCCGACCCUUCAGACCCUACAGACGCCGCAGACACUACUGAAUCAACUGAUGGAGGAGAAGGUGGUGAUCGAGACACUCAACCAAAGCUACUCCAAGACGAUGAGACCAGUGAAGCCAAUAUCACACCACCUCUUAGUGAUGAGUGUUCAGCUCCGGCACCAAAAGCCACCACAAACUCACCUGAGCUCACAGUCGGCUCGCAGUGAAAGUGAUACCAAAUCCUCUGACAAACCCUCUCCGAAGCGAUCGACGGUUCCCAUGGAGUCGGACGACGCCUCCACUCCACUCGACUUCAGUAUUAAAGCCAACAACAGGUCCGCAUCCAAGCCAUCACUCAAUGGACCGCAUUCUCUGUCGACCAAAGAUAAAGACAAAGACGAGAAUCGGGUCCGAAAUGACACUCCACUUGAUCUGUCGGUCGGGAAGCGACUGUUGGGACCGAUAUCUAAAUCCCCGGUUUCGGCAAAGAUUCCACGCUUUGAUGCAUCGAAUCCGUGGAGUUAUUCUGUGCCGCGGGUUCUCACGCCUCCCAAACAGUCUUCUCUAUCCACUCAUAAGGAUUUAAGUCAUGUCUGGAACGGAAAGCUUAAGAAUAACAUACUGUCCGCUAAGAUGUCAUCGCCGUCUUCAUCUCCAUCCUCGUCCACAUCGGCGGCCCGUCUGUCGAGCGGAGGCCAUUCGGGUCGUCAGAAUCCGUGGCAAACCCAAUGGAUUAACCGAAGCAGUGAACAGACACGGGAUGUGUUUACAUGCGUUUGGUGUAAGGAAUCGUUCAGAAGUUUAGCCGAAAUGACGGACCACAUGAAGAGGUCUCCCCGAUGUGGGAUGGCUGGUAUGCAACAUGCCACUGCCACUGCCACCACCUCUGCUCAAAACACUAACGUAAGCCCCAGUGGGGCCCCACCCACACAAUCAUCACAUCAACCCUCCUCCUCGUCGGUGACCAAAGAGCCGAUCAGUUCAUCAGUUUUGGCCAAAAACAAUGUCGGACUCCCGCGCAAACUGGUCAGAGGACAGGAUGUCUGGUUAGGACGCGGAGCUGAACAGACGCGACAAAUACUUAAAUGUAUGUGGUGCGGCCAAUCAUUCAAAACACUGGCAGACAUGACAACUCAUAUGAGAGUUACCCAACACUACACAAACAUCAUAAGUCAGGAGCAGAUCAUCUCGUGGCGGACACCUGAAGACAAGCUAACCCAAGCACAGGUGAACGCCGUCCUCACGUGCAAAGUGUGCGACGAGGCGUUUGGUUCACUCAAAGAAUUGUCAUAUCAUAUGGUGAAGAACUCGCACUAUAAGGAACACAUCCUCAGGAGUAUCACCGAAGGCGGACACGGGAGGCGCCGACAGACACGCGAGCGCCGGAAGAAGUCAUUACCCGUCCGGAAGCUCUUAGAGCUGGAGAGACGAGAGAUGACAAAAGAGGAGAAAGAGGAAAGUGAUAGCAGUGCUGCUUCUGGAGGUACUAACGGACAGCUCAUUCAGUGCGACGACUGUCACGAGAAAGUGGAGGCCCAGCACUUCAUCUCUCAUAUCAAGCUAUGCAAAGCACAGGUAAAGCUGGCGUUGCGCUCACUUAAGUCAGACAAAUCCCCCGAUCGAGUCAGGUCUCCAUCUAGCAGUGGCUCACGUUCUGGGCCUCCCAGUCGUGGACAGACUGUUAGCCCUCAGGUAGACAUCAAGUCGGAAGUGUUGGAAAAUGAAGGUAAAACCCAUUCCGGAUCUGAGGCUAAAGAAGAGUCGUCUGAAACGGCAACAGAAGCCAACGCUAAGGAAAGCGAAUCUGGAUUUGGAUCCGUUCUCAAUGCCAUCGAAAGACUCAUUGAGAAAAGCUUUGAUCCAAAGACUCGUAAAACCCAUUCGACGGGUAUUUUGCAACGACUGGGCAUUGAUGAAGAGGUAUGUCCUCCGUGGCAACACAUGCCUCCCAUGGCCUGGAAUAGGAACGGCAAUGAGUACUAUACCGACAGAACCAGUAGCCGAAGCAGUGGACACCAAUCAAGUAGUCCAUUGCCGGUAGAGCUUCUCAAAGAGAGCAACGGCUCUAUGAGUAGCGCCGACUCUUCCAACUGUGAUGACUCCGACAGCUCCAGUAGUUUGACAAACAAUACGCGAAUUCCAUUAUUGAAGUCUAGCGGUUCCGGCGCUCAAAUCUCUUCGCCUAAGCUUUCGUUUCCCAUUUCGUCUCUAAUCUCAGUUAAAAAUGAAGACGAUUUCGAGAGUAAAGGCAAACAUUUGAGUCCAAAAAGUGAAUCCCAUUCCCCAAAGUCUAACCCAUUAACUCCACAAUCAAUUCAUGGCAUUAAAAGUGAACACAAAAUGAAUGAUAAGUUAAGUGAUAUCAGCGAUGAAGAGAAGGUCUACAAAAGUCCCCACAGAAGACGGCUCUCGUCUUCGCCAAUAGAUAUGGAGACCAAACCGGAGAAGAAGAGCCGAACAGAUGUGAGGACACCGACAGACAAAGACUCGGAUCGAAUCAAUAGCUCUUCUACAGCGAGUUCGCGGUCUAAGUCCAAGUCUUUAUCGGCAGAAUCGGAUGGCUUUAACCCUUUGAUGCAAUUGCAGAAACUGUUGGACAAAACAGAUUCGGGCAAAAACAAGACCAGUAGUAGCAGUAACGCCAACAACAUUAACAACAACAACACCGGUGCCGGCGUAGGGCUCUCCCCAUCGCUAUUAGCCUUCAGUUGGGUGUGCAGUGAUGCGACCGCAUCGACACAGGGCUCGACCUCCGCUUCUGACGAGAGGCACCAUAAGAGCGAGCACUCCAUUAAGUGUCCCUAUUGUGAGGCCACCUUCAACUCGAAGGGUGCGUUCAGACAUCACUUCAGCAAAACACAUCUUAAGGCCGACAAGCAGUUGGAUUUGGUCACCAAUACCUCCCACUCGACCGCCAAUACUCACAAUAAUCACAAUAACGACAGCGGAGGCAAAGAUGGCAACGGAGGAGGCGGUGGCGGAGCCGGAAGUGAGACGAAUAUCGGUGCCAACGAGAGCCCACAUUCCAAGUUCUUAAAGUAUACUGAACUGGCUAAACAGUUGUCCAGACUGAUAUAUGGAAAGGGGAAACACAAACGCAUAGCUUUUGUGGGUAUUAUACGUAAGUCUGGAGCGCCUGUGUUCGGUGGGGGCAGAGGGGAUAGGGAUGGCAGGGGAGGAGAGUUAGUGUCGGCUGUGGAGCUUGGAGUGAGUGCUGGAGCCGUCAUCCCAAUGCUCUGCUAUCACAUCUCCCACUCUAAUAGUUCGUUCCAAGAAGUGUUGGCUGUGGUAGAGCUGGCACUAUUUCAGCACUGUGCUCCAAAGUGUACACUACAGCACUACCAGUGCUCUACCAGUGCUGGUGAUGUGCCUCAGCCUACCAGUGCUCUACCAGUGCUGGUGAUGUGA